ACGUCAGAGAAUGCCCUUCCCGGUUGGACAAGAGAGCGUGGCUCACGCAAGUGUCAAAGACUCUUCCAAGUUCCGAAGUUGGGUGCAUUCAAUUAAUUUGGCAGAAAGGGAUUUACACAGAAUUGCCAUUUAUAAGGGAACCAACGCGUUCAGAGGUGCUGGUCAGAGCCACGAGGGGGCAAUGUCUGACAGCAGUGGUGCUGCCAACAGCAGUAGCUGGACUGUCCUCACAGCUGAGGAGACUGUUGCUGAGACACUGAGGCCUGUAGCGGAGGGAACAGAACACCAUGAAGAUACACCCAGUCAUACUGCUGCGGAGAAACCUACAGAGAGUAGGCCUGGGGAGGAUGCCGUGUCUGCUGAAGAGUCUCACUCUGUGAAGCUACAGCAGGAGACCCAGGAAACACAACCAGAGAGAGACAAGGAUUACAACCCUGUUGUAGAGAGUCCCACCCAUGACCUUCCUUUUGACCCUGCCCCUGACUCCACCCCUGCCCUUGACUCCACCUCUGCUAGUGUUGCUCCUCUGAGCUCUCUGUUAGAAGUCCUCGCCCCCACAGGGCUUGACCCAAAUACACACAGCCAAUCCAGAAGCCUCCCUGGGAAACCAGCCCCUCCCAUCUCUGACCCUGAUUCGUUCUCUGACUCCUACACCCACAUUAGCUCCUCCCCCGACCUUGAAGAGCCCCCUGCCUUGCUGCUCAACACUGAGCAGGUGGGGCUUGUACAGGAAGCGGAGGGGUAUAUACAGGAUGUGCAUCAUCAUUAUGAGGAAGGCCUUGGGCAGGAAGAGGAGGAGUCUGAUCUGUCUAAGGUCAGGGCCAAGACAGACUCCCAUCUGGAAGCGGAGGUGGUGGUGGAAGAGGAAGAGGUGUCAGGGGUGAGGAGGAGGAGGGGGUCUCUCCUGGCGGCUCUGGAGCGGAUCGGAAGGGAGGAGGAAGAGGAGGAUGAGUUCCGGAUUCCGCAGCAGAGGGAGCAAGAGGAGACUGGUUUCUCUCUCAACAAGUGCAUCCUGGGAGCUGUCAUACUGCUGAGCCUCGGAACCAUUAUCUUCUCAGGUGUCUUCAUGGACCUGGAUGAUGAGGGGGACUAUGAUGCCAGGGAGCUGAGAGAAACAGAGGUGGUGGGAAAACAGGAAUGGCUGAAUCCUGAGGUUCCUCUUCCACCACCUGUAGAAGUUGACAGUACAGACCAACUGAAUAAACUGGCUAAAGAAGACCCACGGAUAGCUGUACUGCAAGCCCAACUCCUGGCACAGAAAGAGGAGCUAAAAGUAGCCCAGAAGGAGGCGGAGGAUGGAGGGAAGGAGAGAAAGAAGAGGGAGGAGGUGGAGAAGGAGCACGGUAGGCUGAAGAAAGAGAUGACGUCGCUCCCUGUCCUUCAGAAGGAGAACGAGAGGAUGAAGAGAGAGCUGGAGUCUGUUCCUGUCUUACAGAAGGAUCUAGAGACACUCAGAGCCACAGUGACUGAACUAAAACACAUCACAGCCAAAGAAGCAGCAUCACCUCCAGUCUCUGCCUCUGUCCCGCCCCCCUCUGGCCAAGCUGGGGAUGACAGCCAGAACACAGCCGGAACAAUAGAGAGGAAGGUCAAGAAACCAGGGAAGGGAGAGAAAACAGAGUUGAAGGAAGAGAAGACGGAUUGGAAUAAGGGAGGGAAGACGGAUUGGAAUAAGGGAGGGAAGACUGAUUGGAAUAAGGGAGGGAAGACUGAUUGGAAUAAGGGAGGGAAGAAGGAUUAUAAGGUUGAAAAAGAGUGGAGAAGUGGAAAAUAUGACCAGGAGAAAGAAGGAAAAGAGGAGAAAGAGUGGAAGAAGAAAGAAGACAAGAAGGGAGAAUGGAAGAAAGAUAAAUCUAGCAGAGGGGAUGAGGGCAAACCAUGGAAGGACAGAGGAAACAAGAUGGAAUGGAAGGAGAAGAGGGAGAAAAAAGACUGGAAGGUGGAGAAAGAUUGGAAAAAGGAAAACCCUGAAAGAUGGAGUGAUAGCAAGGAGUGGAAGGGAGAGAAGAAUGGAAAAGAGGAGAAACAUCUAAGAAAAGGAGGUUAUAUUAAGGGCAGGGAUGAGUGGAAGGGAGAGAAGAAUGGAAAAGAGGAGAAACAUCUAAGAAAAGGAGGUUGGAAUGAGGGCAGGGAUGAGUGGAAGGGAGAGAAGAAUGGAAAAGAGGAGAAACAUCUAAGAAAAGGAGGUUGGAAUGAGGGCAGGGAUGAGUGGAAGGGAGAGAAGAAUGGAAAAGAGGAGAAACAUCUAAGAAAAGGAGGUUAUAUUAAGGGCAGGGAUGAGUGGAAGGGAGAGAAGAAUGGAAAAGAGGAGAAACAUCUAAGAAAAGGAGGUUGGAAUGAGGGCAGGGAUGAGUGGAAGGGAGAGAAGAAUGGAAAAGAGGAGAAACAUCUAAGAAAAGGAGGUUAUAUUAAGGGCAGGGAUGAGUGGAAGAAAGACAAGGAUGACUAUAAGGACCUUGGCAAAGGAUGGAAGGAGAGAGGAGAGAGAAGGGAGUGGAAGGGAGAGAAAGAUUGGACAAAGAAAGACGUCAGUAAAGAGUGGAAGAGUAAGGACAACAGGAGAGAAAAUGAGUGGUCUGAUGGAAAUAGAAAGAUGGAAGGAUUGAAGGAGGAGAGAAACGGUGGGAACUGGAAAAAGGACCGAGGGAAUGACAAGUACGAGAAGGACCACCACCACCACCACUACUCUAAGGAAGGGCAGAAAGAGAAAGAGAUGAGAAUGAGAGAAAAGGGCCCUCCCCAAACCCACCGAAGACCCCCCCUUGAGCAACCUGACUACUGGAGCCACCAGAGAGAACGACUGCAGCACAAACCCAACCCUCAAACCCACUGCAGUUCAGUGGAGGCCUGCGCCCAGUCAGAGGGGCUGCUCCCUGUCACCAUGCCGGAGUUUGAGGCCCUGCUCCUGGGUUACCUGGUCAAGGCAGAGAGGGUGGGGGUGGAGGCCUCCAAGAGGGAGGAGCUCAGUAAGCUAACCAAGGAGUUCUUCAGUGACGGAGUGUUUGUUCACGACCAGAUGAGCUUCAAGGACUUUGUGGAGGAUGUUGAUGACAUCUUAGAGGAUAUGGUGGAGGAUGAGGAGGUAGAGGAGGAGAUGGAUGACUUUGAGGAAGAGGCAAUGAACAGGUUUUCAGUUCCAGGGGGAGGAGAGAGGGAGAAGUGGAAGAAGGAUAGUGGGAGAGGUGUGAUGGAGUGAGAAAGGGAGUCAACGCAUGUCAGGAGGAGCGGAAAGAUAAAGGUGGAGGAAAAUAGAUGGAUGUGCUGCAAGGUAGAAUUUAGGAGGAGCAACACACACAUACACACACACAUAUAUAUAUAUAUAUAUACACACUACCACGGUUCAAAAGUUUGGGGUCAUUUAUAAAUGUCCUUGUUUUUGAUCAGAUUGAUCAGAAAUACAAUGUAGACAUUGUUAGUGUUGUAAAUGACUAUUGUAGCUGGAAACGGCAGAUUUUUUGUGGAAUAUCUACAUAGGCGUACAGAGGCCAGUUAUCAGCAACCAUCACUCCUGUGUUCCAAUGGCAUGUUGUGUUAGCUAUUACAAGUUUAUCAUUUUAAAAGGCUAAUUGAUCAUUAGAAAACAUUAGUGUCUAGUUUGAGAAACAAUUGCCUCACAAGUCCUCAACUGGCAGCUUCAUUAAAUAGUACCCGCAAAACACCAGUCUCAACGUCAACAGUGAAGAGGCGACUCCAGGAUGCUGGCCUUCUAGGCAGAGUUGCAAAGAAAAAGCCAUAUCUCAGACUGGCCAAUAAAAAGAAAAGAUUAAGAUGUGCAAAAGAACACAGACCCUGGACAGAGGAAUUCUGUCUAGAAGGCCACCAUCCCGCAGUCGCCUCUUCACUGUUGAAGUUGAGACUGGUGUUUUGCAGGUUCUAUUUAAUGAAGCUGCCAGUUGAGGACUUGUGAGGCAAUUGUCUGUUUCUCAAACUAGACACACUAAUGUACUUGUCCUCUUGCUCAGUUGUGCACCGGGGCCUCCCACUCCUCUUUCUAUUUCUAGUUAGAGCCAGUUUGCGCUGUUCUUUGAAGGGAGUAGUACACAGCGUGGUACGAGAUCAGAAGAAAGCACUUUGUUUCUGACCAUUUUGAGCCUGUAAUCGAACCCACAAAUGCUGAUGCUCCAGAUACUCAACUAGUCUAAAGAAGGCCAGUUUUAUUGCUUCUUUAAUCAGUACAACAGUUUUCAACUGUGCUAACAUAAUUGCAAAAGGGUUUUCUAAUGAUUAAUUAGCCUUUUAAAAUUGAAUUAGCUAACACAGGAGUGAUGGUUGCUGAUAAUGGGCCUCUGUACGCUUCCAUCUAGAGUAUUCAUUUACAACAUUAACAAUGUCUGCACUGUAUUUAUAAUCAAUUUGAUAUUUUAAUGGACAAAAAAUUAGCUUUUCUUUCAAAAACAAGGACAUUUCUAAGUGACCGCUAACCUUUGAACGGAUAUAUAUAUAUAUACACACACACAGUCUUGUAUAUCUAACCUUGUAUAACUAACCCAUUCAAAAUUCUGUACCCUAACAUUAAUCCUUAAACCUAGCUCCUAACCCCAAAACUAAACCUAGCUCCUAACCCCAAAACUAAACCUAGCUCCUAACCCCAAAACUAAACCUAGCUCCUAACCCCAAAACUAAACCUAGCUCCUAACCCCAAAACUAAACCUAGCUCCUAACCCCAAAACUAAACCUAGCUCCUUACCCCAAAACUAAACCUAGCUCCUAACCCUGAACUUAAUUCUAACCAUAACACCAAUUCUAACCUUAACCCUAAACCCCCUAGAAAUAGCAUUUGACCUUGGGGACUAACAAAAUGUUCCCAGUUGGUCAAAUUUGUUUGUUUACUAUUCUUGUGGGGACUUCUGGUCCCCACACGUCCAAACACACACACACACACACACACACACACACAUCUAUUAAUGUCUUUAAGCUUAUGCUAUUUUCCAUGUCAACAGUUUAAAAGUCUGAAUGAAUAAUGUAUUACACACAAACACACACACCUCAGGCAUUCAUUUCAGAGGGAUCUGUGAAGUUGUUGAUGGGAGUAGAGAGAGAGACUAGCAGGCCAGUGGCACUGAGGAAACAGAGGUCCGUCCAGCAGUCUUAACAUAGCUAGUCGGAGGGGACUAGAACUUGUCUCUCAAUGGCCAAUCCCAAAUCAACCCCUCGCCUAACCUCUUACUGUCCCCAAGCACAUAGGAAACCAAACCACCCAGGAUCUCUAGCCUAGAAAAGUGGUGUAACACUGUUUCAUAAAUAGGAGUGUGUUUCCGCUGUAGAUUACACUAUGCAUUGUGCACUGCCAAGUUAACCCUUUCACUGGCGGCAUGUAGCGUUGGUAGCUUUCAUUCAUGUCAAUCAUUUCUGUUAACUUAUUUAUUAAUAACUCUAUUUUUGUUUGUGAGACGUGGUCUUUAAAAGUCAUUAAAGGAUAGAUUUACAAAGUGACUGAAGUACUGAGGAGGAGUGAAUGUAACGUGAUGGUGAUGCAGGUCUUUAUUUUCAUGGCAAUGUUCAACAGGUUGUAAAUAGUGCACUAAAACACCACACACUUACAAACUAUUUGAAUGAUAUAUUCUAUUUCAAAUUAAAUAGAGGAUUUUAUAAAUGUCAGAAGGCACAUUAACUUGCUUUGGAGACCAUGUAAUAUGAUGACCAGGCAUCCAUCCCUUUGGAUAAAGAGGGAAUGUAUUGAAAACACUAAACCAAAAGUAAAGACGUUUAUGUUGCAACAGUUAUUAGGAAGCAAAAUGCUCAUGGCACUUAAGAUAAGGAUUGUCUUCAGGAAAGAAAACAGUUGGAUGUUGUUGUUCAACUAAUUUACAGUCCUGUAUUUACUUAAAUAGUAGAAUGAUCAUUACAUCACAAUAACCACCUAAUAACAACUUUUCUAUUAUAAUUUUUUAAAUAUUCAUUGUAAUAGUUUCUAAUUCUAUUGAAUUCUUUGAGAUAAGUGCCAAAAGGUAUGACUGUUACCAUAGUUUCAUAGUAAAUACCAGGUAGAUACCAGAUGAAGCAGAGCUGUAAAAUAAAGUCUGACUGAUGCUCUAUGUUUACAUGAUGGUAACUGUCUAAGUCUGAUGAUUGAAAGGCCAAGAUCCACUCAUUAAAACAUUGAUUGAACAGACAUUCAAGUUGAACCACGUGGGCCUACAGAGGCAUUGUUGAAAACUCCACUUUGUGUGAUUUAAAUGUGCAAAUGUAACAUGGUACGAUUGUGAUAAAAGCAACCUAAUAAAUGAAUCUUUGACCUUCUGAAGAA